UUACUUUGUACGCUUAUAUCUCGCGGAGGAACGAGGUCCUGAGAACGAGAACCAGAACUGAGGAAGCCGCUGGUCGCCAACGUCCCUCAUGGCGGAAAGUCAACCCCAGCCGGCGGCGCAGCCGCAGCAGCCCAUGCUCCAGUGCCAGAAGGUAGCGGAUAUCGCUCGCAGCUACCGUCCUACCAAGGCAUUCCGGCCCCCGAAGGACGCUUCCAAUUACGUGACCUCGUUGGACUUCGAUGACCAGGGCGACUUCUUGGUGGCGUCCGGCGAUGACGAUACUAUCCUGGUCUUUGACAUCAAGGAGGGCAAGUCGACCAAGUCGGUUCCCAGCAAGAAAUACGGCGCCCAUCUGGCCAGGUUCACGCAUCACACGCGCCAGGUCCUCCACGCGAGCACCAAGGUCGACGAUUCACUGCGUUUGCUGGACCUCCACAACGAAGGCUAUAUCCGCUACUUCUCGGGCCACGACGACAAAGUGACCUCCCUGUCGGUCUCUCCUGGCGGCGACUCGUUUGUCUCGUGCUCCAAGGACAAUACGGUCGCAAUCUGGGAUCUUGGCUCUAGAAAUGCGCAGGGGAGGCUGAAGCUCGCGACGCCCUACCUUGCGGCAUUCGACCCCUCCGCCUCCGUCAUCGCCAUUGCGUCGCAGUCGACCUCCUCCGUCAUGCUCUAUGACUUCCGAAACUACGACAAGUCCCCUUUCUCCACAUUCGACCUCGCACCUCACGAGGAGCGGUUCACUCCCUCGACGCGCGGCCGGGCGUGGACUCGCCUCGAGUUCUCCAACGAUGGAAAGCAUCUGCUGGUCGGAACCGACUAUCACGGACAUUUCAUACUGGAUGCGUUUGAGGGUACCGUCCGGGCUUUCUUGGUGGGCAAGGCUGGGUCUCCCGGUCGGGCUGCCCCGGUCUCGACCACAGGGAAGCCUCUGGGUCAGGGCGAUGCCUGCUUCUCACCUGACGGACGCUACGUGUUCGGGGGCUCGGGCGACCAUUCGGACCUUCUUGUCUGGGAUAUGCAGCAAGCCCCGGAUCCCAACGGUCUCCUCCAGCCCAUGGUCAAGCUGCCGCACCGGGGCCGCACCGCCAUCCUCGAGUACAAUCCCCGUUACAAUAUGAUCGCUUCUGCCGACAAGGAGAUUGUGUUCUGGCUCCCGGAAGAUACCUCUCGUACUUCGGAGAAGUAGGCGCCGGCAACUUCUGGCACCAGGCGGCUGAGAUACAAGCUCUUCUCGGCGGUUCCUGUUGCCCUUGGGAAGUUCGGAGUCCGGG